ACUUGCGUGUGAUUGUCGCUUGCCAUUUGCAAUGGAAACGAGUAAUACCGAUCAGAUAUUUGAGUAUAACCCGGAUACGUUGGAGUACCUUAAAAAGCAAUAUGAUUUGGACACAACGGAGAGGUUAGAGGAGGCCCUCGUAAUUUUACAGGAUUGGCUACAUAAGCAACCCCAUAUUGCAAGGAAAAAUUAUUCGAAGGAAUAUCUGGAACGGAUUAUGAUUCUCAGUAAGGGUUCUAUAGAAAGAGCAAAGAUGAAAUUGGACAGCAUCGCUACGUACCGUACGUUGUUACCACAGUUUUUUGAACCAUUACCCGAGCCUGCAAAACUCGUUAUUUUUGAGGAAUUUAAUGUUAGUUUCUUACCAAAGUUGACCAAAGACCAUUACAGAGUUUUUUGGAUUAAAAAUUUCACGAAGCAAUACGAUGCGUCAGCUCUCAUGGAUUUCUUCAGAUUCUUUGUUAUGCUAUGUGAGUAUUUACUACGCUACGACUAUUGCAAUGGAUAUGUAGCUGUACUAGAUUACAGAGAGACAAAUAUCUUUGAACUGCUAAAAACCUUGAACGUGGUGAAUAUGCAUCAAUUACUUAAAAUAACUAUGGACGGUUUUGGAAUGAGAAUAAAAGGCAUUCACUAUUUAUCGACGUCGAAAGCAAUAGACACUUUGAUUUCAUUGUUUAAGCAAGUAUUGAGUGCAAAGGUUGCUGAGAGAAUACAAGUCCAUAAAGACGUUGACGACUUGUACAAAUUCAUUCCUAAAGAAAUCAUGCCAGCAGAUUAUGGUGGUCUGGAAAAAUCGACAUAUCAACUCUGUUGUGAUUUAAAAUCAACAAUUGGAUCGGAGGAAAAUUUAAAAUACUUCAAGGAAAUGCAAAACGCUCGCACGAAUGAAAAUUACAGGUGUGGGGAUCAAUUUAACGAUAAAUAUCUGGGAAUGCCGGGGUCAUUCAGAAAAUUAAAUGUAGAUUAAAUAAAACGGUAAUAAAGAAUAUUACUUAAUAAAUUGCUGUGUAUGUAUA